AUGGAUGGCGCUUCAACGACGAGCAAUUCGAAAGAAACGGGAAGCAGUGACACUGCUUCAACUUCUUAUCACAAUUAUCCAGAAAUGAACGCUGAACAAGAAUUUUUUCUUUAUGAGCUCGAGACAACAGAUUCCGGAAGUGUUGGGCUUGUUUUGAGAGCAAUAUAUGAUUGUGGUGAUGUACAUAAAUUUUCUCGUGCACUUGAACAUCGUAUUCAUCAAUAUGAUAAAAAUAUUCAAAAAAUAUGUUCUUAUCAUUACCAGAGUUAUAUCGAAUCUGUGAAACAACUUUUGCAGCUUAAAUCUCGUUGUGGUGAAAUUAAAAAAGAUGUAAUAGCUAUAGAUGAUUCUGUUCAAGAAUAUAGUCGUGAAUUGCAAAAACGAAGUUCUGAAAUCGUUCGCUAUAGAAGACUUCAAAAAAAUGCUAAUACUGCUAUAGAUCAUAUUUCUAUGUGCUUACCAGUUUUGGAAAAUUGUGGAAAAUUGCAUGAACUCAUGAAUCAAAAAAAAUAUUAUCAAGCCUUGAAAGUGUUGGAAGAGUUAGAGCAUACUUAUCUAAUGCAUGUUGAUAAAUAUAGAUUUACACAAAAUUUGCAAAAAGCCUUAGCACCUGUUCGUGAACAAAUUAAAGAAAAAUCGUUUUCUGAAUUUACUGAUUUCCUCGAAAAUAUCAGGAAAGUUUCUGAUCGAAUCGGUCAACAUGCUUCAAAGUGUACUGCUGAACAACAUUCGUUUGGAAUGUCUGAAGCGGAACGCAACAGAAGAAUCCAAGAAGAGGCAAAGCGAAAUGCGUUGAAUGUUGAUAUCGAACUAUCAUCUGAUGGUUCAAUCGUCAAGAAAGAAAAAAAUGAACGAAAAACAAAUCAAAUACCAAUGUUAGAAGAGGACGAAUUAAUGAGUGCUCAGGAUCUUAUUGAUUUUACACCAGUUCAUCGUUGCUGUCAAAUUUUCAAUGUUCUUGGUGAUAGAGAAGUUUUCGAAACAUAUUAUAGGAAACAACGUAAAGAGCAGGCUAUGGUAGUAAUCAGACCUCCAAAUAAACUAGUAAAAUCAAUCCAUUCAUACGUUCGGUAUUUGGAUGAAAUCAUUGGAUUUUUCGUCGUGGAGGACCAUAUAAUGCAAACUGAACCGAGUUUAGUAACAGCUGCAUAUAAAGAUCAAUUGUGGGAGAUGGCAUUGCAACAAGUGAUAACAACAAUGAACGCUCAUUUUGGAGGCUGCUUGGAUGUUGAAAUGAUGAUAAAGAUGAAGAAGGUAAUCCUUUUGUUUGCAAUGACUAUGAAGAGCUAUGGCUUCAGUAUCGGAUCAUUGUACACAUUGCUGCAGAAUUUCAGAGACCAGUAUAAUGAAAUAUUAAUGCGCGAAUAUUGUGCACAGUUUGAACGAGAUUUAGAAAACGACAAUUAUACACCGAUUACUGUUGGAAAUGAUGAGGAAUUCAAGUCCAUCAUUAAACAAUUUCCAUUUUAUAAACGAGGACUGGACCAAGAAGCCUUUCCUCGUACAUUUCCUUUUUCCAAAUUUGUUCCAACAGUAUACGCUCAAUCAAAAAAUUAUUUAAUUGGAUGUCUCAAAUUCAUGGAACAUUUGCAACUAUCACCAACUGAGGUUGAUGAUACAGUUCGGCGGUAUGCUAAUAUUCUUUUGGCACGAUGGUCAGGUUCCUUGAAAAGUUUUGUUUUCUUAUUUCAGUUGGUACAAAUAACGAUUAAUAUUGGUUAUCUCGAAAAAUCUUGCGAAUCUCUGGAACAUUAUAUUAGCAAGUUGACUAAUAGAAAUAAUACGUCAGGAAUAACCUCAGGUCAUCUUGUAACGCUGAAGGAUCAAGUUUUCCGCGAUGCUCGCUCAGAAGUUGAGCAAAGAAUUGAUGAAGCCCUUCAUGAUAAAGUAGAUGCAUUCUUCGAGCUUGCUAGCUAUGAUUGGGAGCUGCCGGAUUCGAGUGGUAGGGCUAGUGAUUUUAUUACCGAUUUGAUCAAAUUUCUUGAAACAACAUUUUUAUCUUUCACUAAUCUUCCAGCGCUUCUUGCUCGACACGUUUGUAUGCAGGUUUGUAAAUAUGUGGCGAAUCGUUUAACUGAUAUGUUAUUAUCACCAGAUUUAAAAGCUGUAUCAACAGGUGCCUUGGAUCAAUUCGACCUCGAUGUAAUUCAGUGCGAACUUUUCACUUCACAAUGUCCUGUAGCAGGUCUUGAGGAUGGAACGUUAUCAAUGACAUUUGCAAGUCUUCGCCAGUUGUUAGAUUUGGUGAUGAAAGCGGACUGGUCGACAUAUUUGGCAGAUUACGGUAAAGAAGCAAGUAAAUAUUCAAGAGUUAAGGCAUCAACUGCUAUCGUGAUUCUGGAAAAAUUAAUUGAGUUCGAACGUAAAUCUUCCAGUUUUUUCGCGAAGGGCCGCGAAAAAGAUAGAAAGAAAUUGUUGGAUACAAUCCUUCGCCAAUUACGAGCACUUGCGAAUCAAUAA